AUGGAAUCUCUUCGAGCAUUUGCCAAAGUUGGUUUCAAACUCAUAAAUAAUCAAAAUGAGAAAUUCAGUACUCUAAACGGCAAUUCGUUUUCAAAUUUCAAUGAUAUCGAUGAUCUCGAUUUUGAUCUAUCAUCAUCAUUAGAGAUCGAUAUAAACGAUGAUGCCAAAUUAUUCCAUGCUCUUAAUCGAUUUAUAACAUUAAUAAACAAUAGGAAUAAACAUUUCAACUUAAAGAUCCAGGACAUCGUCGAAGAUGAACUUCAGAAAACUGACCCACAGAUAAUCUCUGAUAAAAUAUUCGAAAAUACAAAUUUUAGUAAUACUUAUAUUGCGCAGUUCAUACGUCACAACCUAAUAAAAUAUUUAAGAAACGAACAAUUAUAUUCAGAUAAUGAAACACUAAGUGAAGAGUUGCGAGAUGUUUUAGGCCACUGGUGGUCAUAUAUACUCGAUCUUCUCACCAGAGAUAAGAAGCAACAAAAGAAUACCAAUAAAAGAAGUAGUAUCAUUACAUUUAAAAGCACAGAUUCAACAAAUUACAAAGAAAAUAUCAACCCAUAUUUCACCAAAUCAUUUAUCUCCAUUGAAUUAGUCUCUGUUUGCCUGGAAUCGAUAAGUAGAAUAAUGAGCCGUCUGAUAAUUUUAAAUCAUGAUAAUGAUAAGAUACAUUUACCAGCAUUUUCAAAUAACAUUUUAAAGACAAUCCAAAUCGUGACAGCCCAAUUGGUGGAGAAUUCUAGACUAAUCAAGGAUCUAACCAAUAAAAUAGGGAAAGACCACCACACCCAAAUAGCAUUUUGUAACAAUUACAACUCCCUCAUUAGAUCAUUUCUGGGGAAACUUUUAGCAUUCGCAUUUAUUUACAUACCCGAUAAUUUACAAUUUGAUGUCCAGCUUAUUGAAGCUUUACAACCAAACUUCAAAAUAAAUACUGCCACUGAAUCUACUUUAGUACCUUGGAAGAAAAGAAAUUUUGUAACCUCUAAAAUAAAGAAGCAGGAAGAGAAAUUCGACUCUACUAUUACCAAUUCAGACACAAAGAAAGUAUUUAGAGUAAUAAUUUCGUAUAUUCGGCAUGAUUUAUGCUUCGUUUCAUUCUAUUGGCAUUAUUGGUUUAUCAUUUUCAAAAUGCUAUCCUGCAACAGUAUUACAUUAGAGAAAGAGACCAUAACAGGUACCUGUCCUGGCUGCAACAUUUUUAUUGAACAUUCUAUCAAUUAUUUUAUGCGUAAUGAUCUUUAUAAAACCAACAAAUACCUUAAAAGUAUUCGUAAACAAAACUUAAAUCCAAGCAUCAAUGACAGUAUGCCAAACUCGGAUAUUGUAACAGAUGAUGAAUUGCCAACAUCCAAUUCUAGGACGAAUAAUGUUCAGAAUUUAGACUCAUUUGUAGAGGACUCUUUCAAGAGUCUAAAAAUAUGGAACUGCCUGAGAUUAAUCUACAUGAAAUUUCCCACAGAAAGCAAAAGUUUAAACAUAUUACUAAACGUUCAUGAUGAAGCACAACUAAAUUACAUCAAGACAAUACCUGCCUAUGAUGUCCAAAUCGCAAACGUUGUAUACAAUAAAAUCUUAAAAAAGAUUAUCGAUCUUUUCCCAGAUGUCACUUUCUUGAGAUGGUCUAUAUGGAUAGAUGGAUAUAUGAACCUACUGAAAACUCACAACAUGAAUAACCAAAUAAUUGCCAUUCUUUCCCUUUUUAAUACUUGGGAGUUUAUUCCUAAUGCAGAACAAAUAAGGAUAACGCAAGCAAUUAUUGGGGAUAAUGAUAUUUGGGAAAAUUUGACUUUAGAUACAGCUGAAAACUUAGUCCAUGUUUUGUUCUCUAAGCUUCUUAUAUUCAAAAUGUCAAAACUUAAUGAUCCACAAACCAAACAACUUAUCCUCAAUAAGUUAAGUUUAUUCUAUUUCCAAUUCAAUUUGUUAAUCGAAUAUUUAACUGAUACUGAAUUAAAGGACAAAAUAGAACGUGAAUGUUCAUUAAGCUAUGGUGGUGACUCAGUAUUAAUAUUUCAUAUAAACAAAAAAUUCAUUUUAGGGAAAUUAAGAAAUUCUUCUAGCACACCAGCCAAGAAUGGAAGAUUACUAUAUGACAAGAAGAAUUGGAUAUUAGGUCCUUUAGAUGUUAAUUGUAGAAAAGAAUAUAAAGAUUUAUUAGAACCACCUGAAUUUACUAAAUUAAGAUUUCUUAUUUCAAAUAAUGAUUCUAGAAUGGGGUUUAGGAUUAUGCUUUUCCCUAACGUUGGGAAAACAAUCGAAUAUUGGAAUUCUAAAUGGCUAAAUAAUGGGAAUACCCGUAAACCUGCAGAGGAAAAAACAUUACCAUUCAAACCAUUAGAACCAUUCAACACGUCAUUAUUUGGUGAUAUUACUGAAAUUUCAGAUGAUAUUGAAAUAAAGAGUAAUAUUGCCAGUCGCAAAACUCAAUAUGAGAAAUUGUACAAGUUUAUUAGGUUAUUCAAUCUAACCAUGAUUGAAUACUAUGAUUUCCAAAAUUUUGAGAAUGAUGAAAAUAUAUAUAUAGACUUUGAACUUUUCAAGUAG